GUUAUCUGGGCGAAAAUCCAACAGAAAAGAAAGAGUAACUGAAGGCAGGCAGGCGUUGGACGAAGAUACUAGGCAGAACACGGUUGCGCGAGACGCGCACCUAAACCCUAGUACUAAGAUAUUCUUAUUCUUGAGAAGACCAUGCGGUUGACAGGGCGGCUUGAUCAUCACAUCAAGGAGUCGUCCUUUCAUUGACCGUACGACGUGGUAUGAUGACAGAACGACGUGGUAUGAUGGAUGUCUUCAUAAAGAAAGUCUCGGCCACAGAUAUGAGGUCGUUCAUGAAGAAGCCUGAUCAGAAGGGGCGCGGCGUGUGGGACGCGGGGCGCUUGUUGCAGUUAUGGGUUUCGAUCAUCCUCCUAGCCUCGCAAGCACUUUAUUGCUCUUGCGCUCACGCUGGCGACCUUGACGUGAAGGGGGUCCAUCCUUCAACUAAUCAUGUGGAAAACCCCUCGGUCGCAGAAGGGGGGUUCUCGAGACUGCGAGAACGACUGCGGGCAAGUGGUGGCAUUCCGGCGAAGCGUGUCAUCGCCGCCGGCGCCAAAGAAAGCGGGUGGCUUGAUGAGCUUGCCAAGAAUGGCUAUGGCAGUGGUGGUGACGAUGCUGGGGAUGAUGCUGUGGAAGGGGAGAAGGCCACGUCAUCACCUUCUUCCGACUCGACGCCUACCUCUUCUUCUUCAUCAUCAUCGCGGCUGGUAGAGUGGCGAAUUACUAAUCUGCCCCUGGAGGAAGAUACACGCUCGGCGGGGGGUUGGGAGGGAGGUGUAAAGAGGGGGGGGGCAACAUUGCGUAACGGAGAUCCUGCUGAUCCUGACAUCGGGCAUUACGCCGGCUAUUUCCGGCUUAAUCGCACCCACGACACCCGUCUUUUCUACUUCUUCUUUCCCUCUCGCGGCGAUCCGAGUUCCGAUCCCGUUGUCCUCUGGCUCACGGGGGGGCCAGGCUGCGCGAGCGAGAUUGCUCUCUUCUAUGAGAACGGGCCUUUCAAGCUCUCCUCCGCGGCGCAGGUCGAGCUUAGCCGCGCAGCUGGCGGCGAUGGCGGCGAUGGCGGCGAUGAUGAAGAUGCCCCGAGGAAGACGAAGGUUGGCAAUGGGACGACUACAGAGAGGAUGACAGCCAAGCUGACGUGGAAUGAGUUCGGUUGGGAUCGCGUUGCGAGUAUGAUCUACGUUGACCAGCCGGUCAACACCGGCUUCAGCUAUAGUACCGACCCGAGGGAUGUGCGGCAUGAUGAAGCAGGCGUGAGCGACGACAUGUACGACUUCCUACAGGUAUUCUUCGACGCUCAUCCUGACUUCGCCAAUCGGGAUCUGUUCCUGACUGGAGAAUCGUACGGCGGGCAUUACUUGCCGGCACUGGGAACACGUAUUAUGCGCGGGAACGAAGGCCUAAAACGUGCGCCCGUAGGCGAUGACGGUGAUUAUCAUGAUGGUCGUCGCGAUAGUCACAACGACCGUAACCUGGUCGGACAGGUGGACCUGGUGAGCGGUGGAGGCGAUGAUGAUGAUGUCCGCCUCCAGCCUCUGCCGUUGGGUCAUCGCCACGAGAUCGAUGGCGAUGAUGCUGCUGCUGCUGCUAGGGCGUAUCUUCCUGAGAAGCCGACGAGGAUGACGGAGACGAGUAGGAGGACGAUGAGGAGGACCUCUAGGCGGGAGGCGGAAGGGCAGCAGAGGACGUCAACGCCGCCGCCUCGCGGCCGCGUUCUCAAUCUCAAAGGGAUCGCGAUCGGUAAUGGACUGACUCAGCCGGACAUCCAGUUCCCAUCCCUUCCCGAUUACGCUCUUCAAAACGGUCUGAUCACUGAAGCGGAGCACAAGAAGAUUCGAAAGCUGUGCCCUGCUUGCAGCCUAGCAGCGCGAGCAUGCGGAACGACCGGUCGCGUGUCCUGCCUAGUGGCCAACGCCAUUUGCGGGAGGAUAUUUGACAACGUGCUGGAAAAGGCUGGCGGCUCAAUUAAUUAUUACGAUAUACGAAAGAAGUGCGAUUUCCCGCCCCUUUGCUACGACUUUUCGCCGUUGGAGAGGUUCUUGAACGACCGGUCGGUGCAGGAGGCUUUAGGUGUGGGCGACCGGUCCUGGCAGACGUGUUCUGGCUCCGUCUGGUCUGCAUUGCAGCUCGACGAGAUGCGGAAUCUUGAGCUCGGUGUGCCGAAGCUUCUUGAGGCGGGAAUCAGGUUUCUCGUUUACGCGGGAGAACACGAUCUCAUCUGUAAUUGGCUGGGUAAUUCGAGAUGGGUGGCGCGGAUGGACUGGGCGGGAAGAGAGAAGUAUUCCAAGGCUCCGUGGGUGGCCAUGACGAUGAAAGGAAAGGAGGUAGGGUUGUCGUCCGCCUUUGAACCGUUGACCUUCCUCAAGGUUCACGACUCUGGUCACAUGGUUCCUAUGGAUCAGCCUGCGCCGGCACUCGAGAUGAUACGCAGAUGGACAAGAGGGGUGCCUUUAGCAGGAGAUGGAGGGGAUCCUGGAAUCAAACGUGGCGCUCUUGUGAGGGAGGAAUAAACGAGGGGCGAUGCGAUUUCAUUACAAAGACCCGCAGAGAAGACUCAGAGGCACUCAGAGAAAGACUCCAAUCGCUCGCAGGCACAGAGGUGGGAAGGACGACGAGAGAGCGAGAGAGGGGGAGGUUGGUUCUUUUCACACCACCUCUCUCUGUGUCGUCGAAUCGCGCAGCUGGCGGCGAUGGCGGCGAUGAUGAAGAUGCCCCGAGGAAGACGAAGGUUGGCAAUGGGGCCAGGCUGCGCGAGCGAUUGGGCCAAAGAUGGGGAGCAGGGGAGGAGGGAAGGUUAUGCACACCACCCUCCUGUGUUUCGUGUUUGAUGAUUGAUUUUCUCAAGAGAGUUUAGCGCGCAAUUGCAAUUUGCUGUCUUCUUACGACGAUCGGAAGAUGGCAGAAAGAAGAAACGCGCGCGCACUGGGAGAGAGUGGAGUUUGUAGGGAGGCAAGGGAGGGAACUCGGGCCGGGGUAAAAGAGCAAAGCAGACGGAUUGGUGCAGAAAACGACUGAGGGGCAGAGUAAUACAGAACACGGGGACGGUUAAGUGAUAAUGGGCUGCACCAUACCGAUAAGAGAAGGUGUAAAUAUUGCUGUUAAUGUUGACAUUACAAGUAGGAGCAGAGGGGUGAAUGGGUGUUGUUAUGGCGCUUAUGGGCUAAUGGUACGAGGAUGACGGUAGGAUGGGUGGCUGGUCACGUAGGAUGUCAUAUUAUUCAAUCAUCAAAGGGAACAACAAUUCGGGCUUCGUAGUGAUCUGUACUAUAGAGUGAGGAGCAGCCGCUGCGUAGUGGGCAUGUCUUGGCUGUUUUUAGAGCAUACUCACACUAGGAGUCUCCAAAAUGCAUCUGGCUGCAAUUACGGCCCGUUGUGGAUGAACCUGACCGUAAUCCCGUCCCGAGCUUUGCUGAAAAAGUCCUCUUGUGAGUAUGCUCUUAGUAGGUUUGCUGAACGAGCCCUAGGAUCGGUGGGUGAUCUGGUGUGCUUCUCGAGUUGAGGGUGGUCUUUUUCUUUCCUUUCCUUUUCUUUUCUUUUCUUUUCUUUUCUUUUCUUUUCUUUUUUUUCUUUUUUUUUUCGGGAAAGCAUGAACAAUUUUAUUAAAGAUCCAUAGGAAAGAGCGGUCUUUUCCGCUCCCAUGGUUCGUUUAUUAUUUAUUCCGAUACUGUAUUUCUUUUCUUCAUGUGGGGCUUUUCUCUCUUAGCGCAGGAGAAUGCUCUUUGCCCUUUCUGGCAUCAAGUACGUGAACUGCGGAAGGUCGAUUAACGAUUGAAAGCGCUGCUGUCUGCUCAUGAGAAGGGGCAAUUUGUCUUCUGACGAGCUGGUUCUUUCUUAUUGUUACUUCCGAUGUUCAUUUCGUACAAAACUGCUAUGGCUAUAUUUUGUCACAUCACCCUCGGGUCCCUGACGUGUGUUUUGAAGCGAGGAUGAGCUCUUUGUGGUUGGCUGGACAUAUCCGUAUAUGGGUGCUGAAGGAGACGUUUACGCAUAAACCCUCACGAGCGCGGUUCUUAUAGUACGCGACAUUGACUGGG